GGUCCAAGUAUAAGUCUACAUACCCAACACAAGUCACUUGACUGCCAUCUGCCAAAAUACCGCCACCUUUCCUCACGCGAUGGUAUUUACCAGACUCUCCUCACAAGAAAAAGACGCCUUCUUUGAGCUUCUAGACGAGUCCGCGCCAUCUCUCUCUCAGUCAGUCCCUCAUAUAUGCGCUGACCAUGCUCGCAGCGCCCAAGAUCCAUCCGCAGCCGCUGCAUCAGCCGUUCACCGCGCUCUCGCCCAAAACCCCGAAGUCACUUCCAAGAUCGUCUCCGCCGGUAUGACGCAUGGACUCGCAAAGUCCAAUAACCCAUAUGCAUCCACGGUACGUCUCUUCACUGCCCCCACACACAAUAUCAAGUAUACCAACCUGAACUCGAACGAUCCCAAAUCCAUCGACUAGUUAGCCAGUAAUCCACAAGUGAACAAUUCCGUAGGAAGAGUAGCAGCAGCUUCGCUUGCGUUUACCGGUGGUGGCCCAAACUCAUUCUCAUCUUCAAACGCUUCAAAAUCCCUAGUUCCUUCCCUCCCUUCACGCAGCUCCAGCACAGUCAGCGCAUCCUCACCAGGGUCCGAGAUCGAUAAACUCGUCACGAAAAAGGUCUGUUUCUUCUCCUUCUCAAGUCCACCAUUGACGCCCACUUCUCAGUCGAGCGUCUUGGGCGCAUUUAGGAAAGCACCCGUAGCAAACGUAGUAGCUAUACCCUCUGCAUUCCAACCGCCCAAGGCAUC